GGCUUGGCUGCUCGGGAGCGCGCUUCGGGGCCCUGCCCCAUCUCGGUUCAGCCGGCCGCCUCCCGACCCGGCUGUCCGUACUGGCAGGGUCGUCUGAGCGAGGCACGGGUUAAUCGAGCUCUUCGUCCCAGUUCUUUGCGCCUCCGGAAGAAGUCAGCGGAGACCUGUUUGAGAUGUGGUGGUUUCAGCAAGGCCUCAGUUUCCUUCCUUCAGCCCUUGUAAUUUGGACGGCGGCUGCUUUCAUAUUUUCAUAUAUCACUGCUAUCACACUUCACCAUGUUGACCCUGUUUUGCCUUAUAUCAGUGACACUGGUACAGUGGCUCCAGAAAAAUGCUUGUUUGGGGCAAUGUUAAAUAUCGCCGCAGUUUUAUGUGUUGCGACCAUUUAUGUUCGUUAUAAGCAAGUUCAUGCUCUGAAUCCGGAAGAGAAUCGAAUCAUCAGAUUAAACAAGGCUGGCCUUGUACUUGGAUUACUGAGUUGUUUAGGACUUUCUCUUGUGGCAAACUUCCAGAAAACCACCUUUUUUGCUGUACAUGUGUGUGGAGCUGUGCUCACAUUUGGUAUGGGCUCGUUAUAUAUGUUUGUUCAGACUAUCCUUUCCUACCAAAUGCAGCCCAAAAUUCAUGGCAAACAAGUCUUCUGGAUCAGACUGUUAUUGGUUAUCUGGUGUGGAGUAAGUGCAUUUAGCAUGCUGACUUGCUCAUCACUUUUGUACAAUGGCAGUUUUGGUGCUGAUAUAGUACAGAAACUCCAUUGGAACCCUGAGGACAAAGGUUAUGUGCUUCACAUGAUUACUACGGCAGCAGAAUGGUCUAUGUCACUUUCCUUCUUUGGUUUUUUCCUGACUUACAUUCGUGAUUUUCAGAAAAUUUCUUUACGGGUUGAAGCCACUUUACAUGGAUUAACCCUUUAUGACACUGCUCCUUGCCCUGUUAACAAUGAACGAACAUGGCUACUUUCCAGAGAUGUAUGAUGAAACGAGAAAAUAUACCUUUGGUGAUUAUGAUUCUCAGGGAUUGGGGAGAUAUUCGUGAAAGUUACUUAUUCUGCUCUGAAGUUUUCAACCAUUUAAUCAAGGCUGACUGUGACAUGAAAGAAUCCUGAUAAUCAAGAGAUGUGAAUUAAGACAUUUGAUGUUAUUUUAAAGGACAUCUUCAAGAGGAUCAUGUAAAAACAUUUAUGCCUAUACUUUUUUAGCCCAGAAAGUAAAACCAAAGGACUACAAAAUUGUAUAUUUUUUUUCUACUUUUUUUUUUUAAAGAGAAGCAACCAGAACUGCACCAAGCAGUCUGCAAAAUCCAGUUUUUCACAUUUUUAAAACCAUUAAAACUCGUGUUUUGUUUGGAGCACUUAUGUAAGAGAAAUGUUUCAGGACCCCAAAUAAUCAGCAAUGCUCAACAGCUCCUUUAGAAUUGGGUUUUGAAGUAAUAGUUUUACCAUAUUAAUACAUUUCAUACAGUCUUUAUAAAAUUUAUUUCUUCUGGAAUCCAACUUUAAAGGGAAGUAGACCUGAAUUCACAUGAGCACUUUAAUUGCAUAAGCUUUGCACAAGAUAUUCUGUGGAUAUUGAUUUGAUUCCUGCCACAAGGCCAGAUACUAUGCUAAAUGGUCUAUCACACAUGCUCGCUCACACUUGUUUCAUGAAGCUUAGUCUCUGAUGUGAAAUUUUAAUUACUAAUGAAUGAGAAAAAAUAGCUAUAGGUAAAUUUACUCCAGUUGCGUUUUGUAUAGAACAGUCGUCAAUGUUCCUACACAAGGCUGAGAAGUUUGUGAAUAACAGCAAGUAUAAUUAAUAUAAAAGUCACCUCAAACUGCACUCAAGAAUUUCAUAAGAUUUCAUUUAUAGCAAAUUAUAAUUAUUUGAAAAAGAAACCUUGAACAAAUGUUGGACAUUUUUUAAUGGGAUGUGAUCUUUGUAGAACCCCAAUUCUAAAGGAUAGAAACAGCAAUCCAGAAAAACUAGGUGUAGAGUAAUUAUGAUACAUGUACCCACCAAAAUAAUUUUCUCUCUGGACAUGCAAGUAAUUGGAGUACUUCUACUUGAAUCCUUAUCUGUGCAGAUAAAGAAUGGUUUACAGAUCCCAGAUAAAAUUCAGAAGAAGAAAACACUCAUCUGGAAGGUGCCCAGUGAUCAACUGAUUUGCAGAAGAAUCUCUGAAGAUUAACAAGGUUUUUCUUUUUAGAAGAAGUGGGUCCAUAGCCAGAAUAAAAGAUGGUAAGGAAAAGUUUAAAGUGUAAGAGGGAGCAAUUAAGGGAAGAUGGUUAUAUAGUAGAACCAUAGAUCUCAAUUAUGAAAAGCUUUCUGGUUGUAAAACGGUAAAAUGUUUCUGAAGACUUCUGUACUUGUAGAAAAUGGAAUACAAUACUGUUUAGCUAUAUAAAGCAACAGUGAACAUGGGAAACAUUUCAGUAAACACUGAUUGAAAUCUGACAAUCACUGAAAAAAAUUUUCAGUACAAACCAUAAAACAUCUUUUUCAUGCCUCUGAAAAUCUUGAUUUUCAUCAUGUGCAACCACAUCAUGUGCAACCAUAUCUGUGAAACAGUAUCUAGUCCUGACUGCUGUCUCUCAAGGAGGCUGUAAUCUAAGUUGUGAAGGACCACAGUAUGGUAAGAAGGAAACAGAUAAAGUUCAUAAAAUUAUAGUUUAUGUGGGGGCAAGAUGGCACAAGGAAGAACAUGGACUUGUGCUUCCAUAUUAGAACUUAGAGAUACAUUAACAACUUUAAAUUAUUUUAAAAACAAAAAAUAUUACUUGAAUAGUAUUUUAAUUUCAUUAUUUAACUUUUACCCUUAGAAAUAACAUGGGCUGAAAAUAUGAAUGUUUUAAAAGAGAUUAUAAAUAGAAAUUUUUGAAUUUGCCUUCGUCCCUUAUCUUAAGCCUGAAGUAAUGGAAGCUAACCAUACCCUCCUUCAAAGUGUGCCUUGCCAACACUGUUAGAUAGUAGUAUUAAUAACUUGAAUGAAUGGGUAAGGUAGUUCAAUGAAUUUUGUUUUGCAUGUAGACUUUUGGGAAUAGGAGGUUAAGCUGACAAAAUCAACAGAUACUGUUUCCUGUGUUCUUAAAGACACGCAAGACAACAUUUCCCUUUUAGUUAAGUAUAGGCAGAAGAAUGAAUUUUAGUCAUGAAAUGUAAAUGAAAUGGAUGUGUCUAUUUCAGCAUUAUGAUUUUAAAAAACGAGAAUGCUGUUUCCCAAUUUUUUCUCCUUGCAUCAGUUGUUUAUUGAUGAGAACAGGGUUUUAGGAGAUGGCAGACUAACAUGUAGGAGCCUGAACUAAUUCUCUUUUAAUCAGAUUUUAGAAUAUCAACCUAGAUAUCUAAUAUAAUGUAAGAACUCUUUUUAAUUAUCUUGCUUACCAAGAUUAUCUAUUUCUAGAAUAGUGUCAUGCUGUAAAUACUCAGUGGAUUUAUGAAAGAGAAAGACAACUUUUCUUGUGCAGUGUUCUAUACAGACUUGCCAUGAAAUGAAAUUGAAUAAAUGUUGGAUUACUGCCCUAAUAUUGUCUUUUUUUCAACCAGCCAGAGUGCUGGUUUUUAAAACAGUGUAUUUAUUAGAAAGGUAAGAAUGUAGAAUAGAUCUAAGACAAAGGAAAGGUCUUGUAUCCUCCACAAGGCAUGGUAAUUUGAAAUACAGUUUAUCUGAGAAUUCACCUACUCAGAAGGCUUGAACAGAAUAUAAAGAGAAUGCCUCAGAAAUUCUAAAAUAUAGUCAGAAUGUAGGGCAGAGAGAAAUUCCCCAUGUUUGGAUAACUGGCAGCUCAAAUGAAAAGCACAAAGAUUCCAGUAGAAUCACGUAAAUCAAACUAGCAGUAACAAAGCUCAUCUCCACCUCAACUGUAAAUCAUGUUAACUAACCUCCCAUUCUAUAUACCUGACAAAAUAGGCAUUCCCCUUUUGGGAGGCAACUGCCAUUUUUAAUACUUACUGUUCUUUUAUAGAAUAUAUACAGCAUAUAGUCAGAACUUAUACAAUCAUUCAAAGGAGCAAAAAAAUUUGAUACAGACAGGAAAUUGUCAAUAGAAGCAAACUCAGAGAUUGCUCAGGUGUUGCAGUUAUCAGAGGGAGAUAACUAUGAUAAAAGUGCUGAAGGAGCUAGUAAAAAGAGUAGAAAACAUGUACGAAAAGGGGGGAUUUCAGCAGAGAAAUGUUCAUUUGGAAAGCAAAAUAAUUCUAGAGUAUGAUAUGACUAUGCAGAGGAAAGGAUGUAAACUAAAAGAUAGGGCAGUUGAAAGUAUAAAACCUGGAAACCAAAGAAAAAAGCAAAAAUAAAAAGAAUUGAAUGAGUUUUGAAGGCAAAAUUAUAUGAUCUUAAUCUUAUAAUUGGGUUUCAGAAGAUAAAAAUGGUACUGAAGAAAUGUUUGAAAGGUAUUGACUGAGGACAUUUGCAAAGUUAAUGGAAAUUAACAGAAAAUCAACAAAAUCAAAAGUGAGACUUCGGAAAUUAUAAAGUUGAUAAACACCUAGGCCGACUGAUACACUGUAUUGAAUGAUAUUUCUCACAAAGUCACGUCCAUCCAGAACUUCAGAAUAUGACCUUAUUUGGAAAUAGGAUAUUUCAGAUGUAAUAAGUUAUGAUGAAAUUGACAAGGUGAUUGUAAAAUUUUGAAAUUCACAGCGUCUAAAAUAGUCAAAACAAUCUUGAAAAAA